AUGGCAGACUCCAAUCCCUCUACUCCCGACGUCGAAGUCGAUUCCGACACCGUCUUCGACAGCCCCUCCCCUUCGCCUGUGCCCUCUAGUCCUAGUGCCGAUGCCUCGUUGCCUGAAGGCCUCUCCGCCGAACGCCCUGCCCCGCGAAAAGCCUCCACGGCCACCGCAACCACCAACAUGACAUCUUCCUCGACGCCCCUCGGCAACAUCAAUGCCGCCAGAAAUCCCCGUCCCGCGAACCCGCCCACCAUUUCCAGCAGAGGCAGUGGCCUGAACGUCUCCCAAGAUAUCCUUGCAAGAAUACAAGCAGUACAUCUGGGGCGCAAGGGCGCCCCGCCCACUGGCUUGCCGGGCAGAGGGCCUGCGCCUCAGAGUCCAGGCCCAUCCCUCGACAACCGCAACCCAAUGUCUCCAGGCGGAAACCCUGGCGGUGUUCCCCCUAACUUCCGCAUGCCUGCGAGACCACCGACGACUAACUUUCAGUCGGCGCCUGCUAUUCCGGGUCGUAUGCCCGAACCCAAAAAGUCCAUGGCUGAGCGACGUGGAAUGCAGCUGCCGGGCGGACUGCCUGGUACUAGCCCUGCUGCUCCUCCUGCUGGCAGGAAGAAGCCUGGCUUGACUCUGGGCAUGAUGAAUGGCGGUGACAAGGCCCAAAACGACGCGCAACCGCACAAACAAGAGACCCAAUUCGACCAGUUUUCACAGUACAUCGACACAAAGACUGGAAGUCUGAAGUUUGCGGGCAAGGCUAUCCUCAACUCAGAGGGUGUGCAGUUUGCCAGCGGAAGCACUUUCAACAUCUCACUUGAUGAAGUUGACACGCUCGACGAGCUUGGCAAGGGUAAUUAUGGCACAGUAUACAAGGUCAGGCAUAGCAGACCCCGAAUGCGAAAGCCAGGCCAAGGCCUCGCCGGAAACAAGGCUGCACCAGGCUCACCGUCUCGCAAAAACUUUGACGAAGAAUCGAGUCCUUCGAGCGCAAAGCCCGCUGCAGGCACGGGCAUUGUCAUGGCAAUGAAGGAAAUGAGACUAGAACUCGAAGACUCAAAGUUUGCUACCAUCAUCAUGGAGCUAGAUGUCCUCCAUCGCUGUAGAUCGCCUUACAUUGUCGACUUCUACGGUGCCUUCUUCCAAGAAGGAGCCGUGUAUAUUUGCAUGGAGUUCAUGGACGGUGGAUCCAUAGACAAGCUCUACGCUGAUGGUGUGCCGGAAGGUGUGCUAAGGAAAAUCACUCUGGCAACAACCAUGGGCCUGAAAUCAUUGAAGGAUGAACACAACAUCAUUCACCGCGAUGUCAAGCCUACCAACAUCCUUGUCAACACCAAGGGCGCCAUCAAGAUUUGUGACUUUGGUGUGAGCGGCAACCUCGUCGCCAGUAUUGCCAAGACCAACAUCGGAUGCCAGAGUUACAUGGCACCAGAAAGAAUAUCCUCGGGCGGAAUCGCGCAAGCAGGUGCCAACCCUGGAGGUGGUACAUAUAGCGUGCAAAGCGACAUUUGGAGUCUGGGACUGACCAUUAUCGAAUGCGCGCUUGGACAAUAUCCCUAUCCACCCGAGACGUACAACAACAUUUUCAGUCAGCUUAGUGCUAUCGUCGAUGGUGACCCACCAGAUCUACCUGACGAAGGAUACUCUGAUGCGGCCAAGAACUUUGUACGGGGCUGUUUGAACAAAAUCCCCAACCUGCGACCAACCUACGCAAUGCUACUACAGCACGCAUGGCUCGCCCCUCUUGCUAAGCCUGACACCAUUACAGAAGAGGAUGAAGAAGAGGUGGCAGCUGCGCAAGAAGCUACCCCAGAUCAAGCGGCCGGGGACAAAGGACCAGCCCAGGCUAUUGAGGUGGUAGAAGACCAAGAAGUUGCUGACUGGGUGAAGGCCGCCCUUGAGAAGCGAAGAAGUGGAAAGAUGAAGGGUGUUGAAAAGCCCGCGCUGCAUGCCGCACCGCUGGAUGCAGGAAUACAGAGCCCUUCGCAGAAUGGCGCAAACGGCUCAGUUGCGGCAGAGUCAACAGAGGUUGCAGCGUAG